UAUACACACAGAAAGCAGAGCGCUUUGGGUAUAGUUGAAGGUGCUCUAGAGCGAAAGAAAUCCAGGCAGGCGCAGACACCUUCACGCACUGAGCAGAGGUUUGCGGCGCAGUUUGUGUGGCGGCCGGGACCCGAUCUUUUAAAACCAUGCUGGAUUGACUGCAGAGAGGCAACUACAAUCAAUGGCUUGGCUUUGAAAUCGUUCAAAAUUUAUUGGAAAGGAGUGUGAGAUAGAGCGACAGCGAGAGAGGGAGAGAAGCGAGGGGAGAGAGCGAGAGAGCGGCGAGAGGGGUGGAAAUAAAGAUCCUUUCAACGAUGGAGCUUACAAUGGAAAACAUUGGAAAUCUGCACGGUGUAUCUCACUCCCAUCAAACGAGCGACUUAAUGAACUCCCCCCACGCGCGCCAGUCGUCGGCGUCGCAUCGGAACUUGGUGUCGCACGGACGGUCAGCCAUGGUGUCCAGCAUGGCCUCGAUACUGGAGGGAGCAGGGGACUACCGCACAGACCACGCUUUGUCUGGCCCCCUGCAUCCGGCGAUGACCAUGUCGUGCGACUCCGGGAUGAGCCUGAGCAGCACCUACACCACGCUGACGCCGCUGCAGCACCUGCCCCCCAUAUCCACCGUCUCGGAGAAAUUUCACCAUCCACACCCACAUGCUCACCAUCAUCCGGCGCACCAGCGACUCGCAGCCGGGAAUGUCAGCGGCAGCUUCACCCUGAUGAGGGACGACCGAAGCCUCGCUUCCAUGAGCAACCUCUAUGGCCACUACCCCAAAGACAUGUCCGGUAUGGGGCAGUCUCUUUCCCCCCUGUCCAACGGUCUCGGGUCUUUGCACAGCUCCCAGCAGACUCUCAGCGCCUAUGGUCACGGACCUCACAUCUCCAACGACAAGAUGAUCUCCUCGGGGGGCUUCGAGUCCCACAUGCUGUCCCGGGGCGAGGAGCACCUGGCCCGGGGUCUCGGGGGCCAUGGGGCCGGGCUCAUGACAUCCUUGAACGGCAUACACCAUCACAGCCAUCCGCACUCUCAGGCAAACGGGUCCAUGCUGUCAGACCGAGACAGGCAGACGGUGGUGGGAGGCGGGCAGGGAGGUGGGUCAGGGCAGGUGGAGGAGAUAAACACCAAGGAGGUGGCACAACGAAUAACAGCAGAGCUCAAACGCUACAGCAUUCCCCAGGCCAUCUUUGCUCAGAGGAUCUUGUGCCGGUCCCAGGGAACUCUGUCUGACCUGCUGCGGAACCCUAAACCGUGGAGUAAACUCAAGUCUGGCCGGGAGACGUUCAGGAGGAUGUGGAAGUGGCUCCAGGAGCCCGAGUUCCAGCGGAUGUCGGCGCUCAGGCUUGCAGCCUGCAAGCGCAAAGAACAGGAGCAACACAAGGACCGCAACACGACGCCCAAGAAACAGCGUUUGGUCUUCACUGACCUGCAGCGGCGCACACUCAUCGCCAUCUUCAAGGAGAACAAGCGUCCAUCCAAGGAAAUGCAGAUCACCAUCUCCCAGCAGCUCGGCCUGGAGCUCAGCACCGUCAGCAACUUUUUUAUGAAUGCGCGCCGCCGCUGCGUGGACCGCUGGCACGAUGACCAUGGUGCCAGCCCCGGGCAGCCAGGCACAUCUGCCACCACCUUCUCCAAGGCCUGAGAGGAGGAGAGGACCUUCAGAGGGCCGGGGAACUGGUUGGAACAACAGGCAACAUGGAAAAUUGGCUGUGAAACCUGUCUAUAACAACCCUACCUGGCCUGGGCCGUCUGAAUGUGUCCUCUGCCCAAAAAAUCCUUUGUGCCAUGCAAUCAUCUUUUUUGUCAGUCAGGAUUUCAAGCUCUCACCUGAAACAAGCAUAAUCUAAAAGGUGAAUUGUGAAGUCAGGUCCACUCUGCAUUACUCACAUAAGGACAAUCAUUGAUUCUGUCUUUUUUGAAAGAACAUUUUUAAGACAUCUGACAAAGUAAAGAGACACCAAAGAGUUGUUUUUUUUUUGGACGGUAUCAGACAUAUUGCCAGCCUCCUUCCACCACCCAAGUAGCCACUGAUUUUGAUUUUCUUCCGACUUACCUCCUUUGUGUCUGCCUCUUUAGUCUCUCUUUCAUCCCCUCUACGCCGGCACACGGAAGCAACAAGGGCGAAAGAACGGCAAUAAAUCUGACAACAGAACAGCACAUAGCCUUAUUAUCCAAGCCCCAUCCUGCUCACACAAGGCCGUCAUAAAGAAAACAACGCAGCCUAUGAAAAAAACAACAAGGCUUUCCAAUUCUCCGCCUCUACCUCCCCCCUCCUCCUGUAGUCUCCUUCAUUCCUCGACCAAAGGUAUUCCCUGAUGGCCAGCCAUUUCAGAGAGCAGCUCAGCCUGAUCAUACAGCAAACUAAUGAAUUGAAAAAUGAAUCGAUGCAGACAGAGAGAGCGGGGCCUUGACCCCUCCUGAAGGUGAAACUCAAGAUGCUCGGCAGUAGAUACUCAGGUCUUCCAGGCCCAGGUCUAUAUUUUUUGCACAGAUGUUGGAGGCCUGUAGGGAGACGUGGCAUUGUUACUCAUGCCUGAGCCUAGAGUCUGUGUUUCUCUGACCAACAGGAGAGGCGGGUGAGAUGUCUGGACAUGCUCUUUGUUCUGCUGGGAGCUUUUCCUCUGAUCAAUAACUGAAAACCAAGCGACAACAACACGCUCGGGCAUCCAGCCAACUACAUUACAGCUGCAUAUGAAAAGCAGAAUGUAAGAGGAGCACAUGGAACCCACUGGAGAUGGGGACACAACGGCCUCAUAACAGCAGCAGAAGCAGCACACCUCUCCCUCCCAGGUCCCGCCUGUGCUGGCAGAACAACAGUGCCCCCUGCUGUCGAUAGCAGAGACCUGUAUCCAACAGAGCAAUAGGGCUCAGAGUGGAGGAGAGGGAGGGAAGAGCCACUAGAUGCUGAGGAGAAGUCAUGGCACAACACAUUCAGGCCCUCACAGCUCUUUGAAGGCAGAUCAAUAGCUAACCAUUAUCCUAUUGUUGUUCCUCAUCCAACCAGCACCGGUGAGGCCGAAAGAGGGGGAUGGUUAAACUAAAUGCUGAAAACGCAGGGAUUUAGCAAAGGCAGGGAUUUAUUUAGCCAAUCCAAAUCUUCAAGAAUCCACAAAAUACAAGUGCAAAAAUUACACAAAGACGGGAUAGAAAAGUACAACAGAGUAAAAAGUAACAGAAAGGCUUACUGAGACAGACACAUGUGAGGUGUAGUGGAGUUUUAAUUUAUAUUAUUUUGGGAGGCUUCAUAUUUUGUCAAAUCAUUCUUCCAUCCCAUCUGUUUGCAAAAAUAUGCUCUCAACAGAUGUGAUUCAAACCAAAUCUCCUGGUUAUUCCCACACAAGGGUUAUCAGUAGCUAACCCAAAGCUAACCACCACACUCAGCUGUCAAAAUGCUACAAUAAUUAGUGCCAAUGCUUACUGCCUUAAUGCGAAUCAGAGAAUAUGGUACUAGGGUUCACACACAGCUACAGUGUGCCCCACUGAUGACGGGCGGUGUGUGCCAUAGUAGCCAACAAUCAGCUUUUAUCUGAAUUAAAAUAUACUUUUUUAGUAAAAAAAUGAAAAAAAAGAAUCAGAUUUUAAGGCAUACAAUAACCAAACCUCAAAUGACAAAGAUACCACACAUACAGUAUGUGUUUCAAAUACAAAAGAAAAUGUCUCCAACACAUAACUGGACACAUUUUUGAAGCAGAAGAAAAAUCUCUCAUUCUAUCUUUGGUUCUCUACCUCCUCUGUCCCUCUAACCCCCCUCUCUUUCUCUCUUCCUCUCUAUAUUGAUGCGGGUAUUUAAUUAGUACCAUAGACACAAAGUUUCUAUUUCUUGUUACUAUUGUGCUCUGUUGUGCAUAAGUAAGGCACCUUGUUGAUAAAUCAAAAACAAAAAAGGAAGGACUUUUUAAAAGGAAAAGAAGAGGGAUGCAAGGAUCGAGGCCAAUAAAGGACUUUUUUUUUUUUUGCAUUCUAUGUGAAUAUAGACUCGGAAGAGACAUUUACCGUGACAGAGAAGAAAAAGAAAAACAGGGAGCUGCUGAAGAGAAGAAUAAAUGAUGGAUGCUCUCUCUCUUUUGGCAUUUUAAUGUCAGAACUGUGGUACCCUCAGCCCUCUUUAAGCUGAGCCCAAAGACUGGGGUAAAAUGGAGGGGGACAAAACAAGACCUCCAAAUGUCCUGGCUGAUUAAUUGUGUUUUAUUAGAGGGCGGGUGGGGGUAAUGCUCGGGACUCAAUUGUUAUCUGUAUGGUCUUAAGAUGCAACUGUAGCAUUUCUAACAAUGUAGUCAGAUUAGCGGUGCAGAUUAGAUAAGAGAUGGUGAUUGCAGAGGAGCUGAUUGAGAGGUACUGACUAACUUCACGUUGCUGUAAGCAGUGAGUUUACGUCGCCAAAGGAUGAUGAGCUAAAAUCGAUUUGUGGUAUACAGUUCAGUGAGCAUAGGUGAAUAGCUAGAUUCAGCUCUAGAUGUUAGGCUGACAAAAUGACAUUUGUUUGUAGUGAGAACCAAUGUGGCUACCUCACUAAGCUGAGUGGUUUGUGAAACCGCCACUAAUACCAAAGAUACUGCAGCCUACCGGUCCCAAACUGCCUAGGGGGACACAAACCAAAAAAA